AUGAAAUUAACUGAAUGGCUCAGAAGUAAUGUUGAAUUGCCACUUGAGUCUUUUCAAUUCCCUCAAACCAGUUUCAUAAAUUCAAUUCAGAAUCCCAGUAAUUCCCUCAGGUAUCAAAAACAGGAAGAGAAUCACAUCCCAGGCAGGAAAGUCGAGUCCCGAACUGGCCAAGUCCAGGACCAAGGCAGUCAGAGAACCUAA